AUGUUCAUGCCGGUCGCAACCCAGGCUUCGCUCAAAGGCUUGACCCCCGAACAGCUCGAAGAGACCGGUUGCCGGUUAUGUUUGAACAACACCUACCAUCUUGGCUUGAAGCCCGGACAGGAGGUUCUCGAUGCCGUGGGCGGGGCGCACAAGCUCCAGGGAUGGAAGCAUAAUAUCUUGACGGAUAGCGGAGGCUUCCAGAUGGUCAGUCUUCUCAAGUUGGCCCACAUCACGGAAGAGGGCGUGCGCUUCCUUAGUCCGCAUGACGGCUCGCCGAUGCUUUUGACGCCGGAGCACUCGAUGUCUCUGCAGAACUCGAUUGGAAGCGACAUCAUAAUGCAACUGGACGAUGUCCUGGUCACAACAUCUCCGGAUGCCGCCCGCAUGCGUGAGGCCAUGGAGCGCAGCGUACGCUGGCUUGAUCGCUGCAUUGCUGCGCACAAAAACCCCACCACGCAGAAUCUCUUCUGCAUCAUCCAGGGUGGUCUCGACCUUGAAAUGCGCCGCGAGUGCACCCGCGAGAUGCUCGCCCGUGAUACCCCUGGAAUCGCUAUUGGUGGACUAAGCGGCGGUGAGGCUAAGGCCGACUACUGUCGCGUUGUCGAAACGUGCACCGAACUGCUGCCUGAUCUCAAGCCGCGCUAUGUAAUGGGAAUUGGCUACCCGGAAGAUUUGGUAGUGAGCGUUGCGCUGGGCGCAGACAUGUUCGACUGUGUCUGGCCCACGCGAACAGCACGUUUUGGUAAUGCAAUCACGAAAGCUGGCGUCCUGAACAUCCGUAACUGGAGGUACGAGCAUGACUACGGUCCUAUCGAGGAGGGCUGUGGAUGCAUGUGCUGUAGAAGGGGCGAGGGCAGUUUGAAUGUCACCCGGGCGUUCAUUAACCACAACGCCGGCAAAGAGACCGUGGCUGCUCACCUGUUGAGUAUACACAACGUAUGGUAUCAGUUGAACCUGAUGAGGGAAAUUAGGCAGUCCAUCAUUGAGGAUAGGUUCCCUGCAUACAUCAGGGAGUUCUUUGGUGGCUUGUAUGAUGACAAGGCAAAGUACCCCGAGUGGGCAGUAGAUGCUCUAAAAGGGGUUGAUGUAGAUUUGACAAAAUAG